AUGUCCUUACACCUCGAUUACGCAGAGAUAUCUCGGCAAGCUCGUAAAAUCGUGGAUGCUAAUAGAGCAAGAAGUAUAAUUGAUCAAGUUAUAUCGGAUCCCGAAGCAAAACAGAAAGUGAAAUAUACGAGAUCAACAACAGGAUGUUUAGCAUGUAGAUCACACAAAGUUAAAUGUGAUGAAACUCUACCUGCAUGUUUAAGAUGUGUAGCCUCACAAAGGAAAUGUGAAUAUCCACCUCCGGGCAGUAUUAGUGGUAGUACGACGAAUAAGAAAAGGAAAUCAAAUUCUCAAUCUAAUUCUGUUGGAAGAAGAAGCAUGAGUGUAAGGGAUCAAAGUGAAGAACAGACAAAUAAUCAAGAUGAUUCGAAUGGGGAUGGUACUAAUCAUGGUGAUAGAAGUGGGAGUGGGAAUCGGAAUAAGAAAGUUAGGAUAAAUGAAUCGAGAAGAACACAAAUAACAAAAGAAGAAGAACAAGCCGGAACAGGAGGUGGAAUGGAUGAAUCUGAUCAUAAUGAAUUCGAAUUUAGCGGUGGUGAUGGUGCUGGUGUUGGUGAUGAUAAUGGCAACCAAAGUGAAUAUAGAGAUGAUGGUCAAACUACAAGUAAAAUGGAUCCUUCACCUACGGACGUUAGUAGAUUUAGUGGUCCAUCUCCAAUGGAUAUAUUGACUCUUACAACGACACCUGAUUUCUCAUUCUUGAAUGAUUUCAUUCCAUUCCCACACAUUACACCACCUUCUCAACCUCUUCAACAACAGCAAUCAUCGUCUUCAACUAAUAACUUAGGCCUGAAUCAAAAUCAACCAAAUACCCCAUCUAUGACAGUAUUCACAAAUGACCUUCCCCAAUCACAAUCACAAUCGCAAUCGCAAACAACAAAUGCUAUUGCGUCAGGUUCAAACUCAAACUCGAUACAACCUACUACAUUCACUAAUUCUCAAUAUCAAAAUAAGAACCAAAAUCAAAAUGCUCUCUUACCACAUUUCGAAAACUUCAAUAAGUCUUUAUUGUUGAAUAGGCGUCUAGUAAAAGUUAAUAAUGAUGGGUUUGGCGGAAGUUCAAAUGAGAAUGAUCUCAAUGGUAAAAGAAGCUUAACUCCUCAAAUGCAAAAUUUACAUCCUAGAUUACAAAUGGUUGAAAGCAUAUUACAAGCGUACGCCCACGACGAAGCCUUAUUCGAAUUCGGACCCUCUCAUCGACAUCGCAAUCUUUCCAACAACACAUUGACCGCUGGUGUGAUUGAUGUGUUAUCAAAUGCUUUCCCAUCCCCGACAGCUCGAACGCUUUUUCAUCAUUAUUGUAAUACCGCUUCAAGGAUAUUGAUCACUAUGGGUAAUAUAGGCCCCAAUCCAUUAUUAGCUUUAUGCACACCGAUAAAGUUGUUGGACACAAACUCGGCCGCUUCAGCGGCAAUCAGAAUGAGUAUGCUAUCUACCGGAAUAUCACAUUUCACACAUGAGACGGGAGCAGCACUGAAAGGUGUUGAAUUGGGAAUGAGUAUAGGACACUGGGAGAGAAUGAAAUUGAAACUGAAAGAGAUAAGUGGAAAAUUCAAGAAAGCUGCUUUGAGUAAUAUUACCCUAGCUGCAAGUUCGGAAAGGAGUCCUGACCAAGUGGAUAGUAUUUUGGCAGCUUGUACUCUGAUAUGUAUAAGAGAUGUGAUAAGCGCCGAUCCGUCUUGGAGGGAUAACCUUGAAUUUGCUCUGAACCUGGUAUCGAAGAAAGGGGGACCUCAAGUCAUGCUACAAGGCUCAGAAUAUACCUUUACGCGUAGAUAUCUACUAGAGAAUUUGGCAACUCAUGAUGUUUUCGCUUCAUUUAUAACGGGAAAAGAACCUGCAAUGUUGGGCAAUUACGAUUCUUGGUGGUUUGAUAGUGUUGAAACAUCUCAAACUAGAUGGGAAUGGGAAUCGGUGGAAAGAUCUUUCGGUAUCUCGAGGGCUAUGGUGGAUCUAGUAGCAAGAAUCGCUGUGUUGGACUCUCAGAAGAGACGGCUGGGUUUGAGCCUCAAAGGAGAUUCAGAUGAAAUGUGGGAUGUCGGACAGUACUUUGAAAGGGAAAGUCACUGUCUAUUGCUGGAAUUGGAUAUCUGGGGUAACAGUUUAAACGCAUUGCCGCAACAUGUCAGAGUGACUUGUGGUGACUAUAUCUACAAGUACAUGGCAGUAGUAUUCAUUCUGGCAGAUAUUCUCGAACAACCCACCUCGACACCUCGAAUAGUCAAAUCGAUAGAUCAUAUCCUUGAGCUUAUAUCUGAAGCUUCGGCAAUGAGGAUGUCAGUGAUGUUAAUAUGGCCAUUACUUGUUGCUGGAGUAUUCAGUCUACCGGCCAGAAGAGGAAAAGUCAGAGAAUUAUUCGAAGCUCUUAGUGGGGACUACUGUGAAGAUCUAGAAGUUGCUCGAGAACUGUUGAAUGAACAAUGGAGAAUGAUCGAUUCUGGAGAAGGUAAACAACCUUGGGAUCAAGUGAUGAAGAAGAUUGGAAGAUAUGUUCUUUUGAUAUGA